AUGACGAUUGUAAAUUUAAAAAGCAAUAUUAAUGAUAGAAUUGAAAUGUGCAAAGAUAAAACACAGUUAAAUAAUGUAGAUAAUUUUUUAAAUGAUCGAUUAAAUAAAAAACGAAAAGACAUAGAUAAUAAUUAUUAUAGAAAUAAUAAUAAAAAUAUAAAAAUAGAAAACUACAAUAAUACAUGGAAUUAUAAUAAAAUAUUAAAAAGUGAAAAUAAUUUUAUAAAUUUAAAUAAUAUUUAUAAUAUAGAAUAUAGUUCCAAUGGAGAUAAUCAAAUAAUACCCCAAUCUAUUAAUAUAAAUUAUGAUAAAAAUUUGAAUAUUUUAUCAAAAAAAAAUAGUAAAGAUCAUAAUAGUGAUUGUAGUAAUUUUGAUCAAGUUAAUAAUAUUGUUAAUUGUGAAAAUAUAAAUAAUAUCUAUAGUGAUAAUGAAAUAAAAGAGACAACACAAACAAUGUUUAAACAAAAUAAUACAGAAAUAGAAUUUACAAAUGACAUAAAUAUAUGUAGUAAUUAUGUAAAAGAAAGUAAUAUGACUAACUGGUAUAGUAUGAAUAAAACCUUUUGUGAAUUAGAACAAGGAAAUAAUAAAAUUGUUGAAUUAAAUAAUGUAAACCCUCAAUUAGUAAAUAAUAUUAACUAUACAUGUGAAGACAGUAAGUAUUAUAUAAAUAGAGAUAAAAAUAUAUUGGAAAAAGAUUUGAAUAAAGCGGAAAAUUUAAAUAACACAUUAAAUAAUAAUGAAAAAGAGAAUGAACAAAAUGAAUGCGAUAAAUUAAAUAAUUUAGUUAAAUUUCCAAAUUCUGAAAAAUUUAUUGAAAGUUAUAUAUAUUCACUUUUAAAAGAUUUUAAGACAACUUGUUUUUAUUUUCCUUAUCUUCAUUAUUAUGAUAAAAAAAUAUAUGAAGAAAAAGAAGAUAAUAUUUUAAAAAUAUGUCAUCAUUUUCUAGAAUAUUUUCGUACAAAUAUAAAAAUAAAAAAAAAAAUUAAUAAUUUUAAAAAAGUUUUUUUAUAUUCUACAUUAAAUGAAAAAAUGGAAUAUAUUAGCGAUUUUCAAUUUUUAAAUUUAUCACAUAUUAAUACAGAUAAUUUUAAGGAUAAAUUUCUUGAGUUAUUAGAAAAAUAUUUACAAAAAAAAAAAAAAAAAAAAGAGCAAAUUUAUUACAAAAUUAAAUCAUUUCGUAAAAUAGAAAAAAAAAUGUUCAAGCUAAAAGAAAAAUGUGUAGAAAAUAAUUUGUUGCAAUUUCCGAUUCUAAAUUUAGAUAAAUCAUUGUCUAUUCAUAAUCAAAAUUUAAACAAACAACCUAUAAAUUUUAGUGAUACAAAUUUUAUUAAGUUAUAUAAUAAUGUACAAAAACAAAAAUGGCAUACAAAUAUAAAUAAUGAAUUAUCAUCUUAUGGUAUGUCUUAUUAUAAAAAUAUAGUAACUAAUUACGUUGAAGAAUUGAUUAAAAGUAGUGUGCUGAAUUCUUGUCAUUUAUUUAAUUCAAAAUUGAACGAAAAAAUAAAUAUGAAACAUGAUAAUAUGAAACAUGAUAAUAUGAAACAUGAUAAUAUGAAACAUGAUAAUAUGAGACAUUUUGAAAGGGUAAUAAUUAAUAAUCUUUCUUUUUAUAAAAAUAAAAUCAAUAAAAUGUUUUAUUAUCUAUAUAUAAAUAAUAUUAUAAAUAAAUCGUUGGAACUUAUGACACCCAAAAUAUUAUGGAAUAUAAAUACUAGCAAUGAUGAAAAUGAUGAAAUAAUAAAAAUCAACAAACUUGAAAUGGACAAAAAUAAUGUCUUUUCUUCAUUGAAUAAUCAAAUAAAAAAUAAAAUGAUACUUUUUUAUAAAUCAAAAAAAGAACAAUUAGAAAAAAAUAUAGACAUGUUUGUUUCAAAAUUAGCAGGACAUAGUGAAGAUUUGAUUAAAAAUGAUAAUAAAUUUAAUAAUGAAAUAAAAAAAAAUAAAACUUAUAAAGAUGAUAAAUUAAAACUAUCACCAGAUUUGCAAAUAAUUUAUGAUGCAUAUUGUAAUGGAGAAGAAAUAAUUGUAGCUAAAAAUAAAAAUAGAUUACUAAAUAAUAAAAAAAAUUAUAAACAUUUUAAUAUUAUAUCAAAAGAAACAAUUUUUGACUUUUAUGAUAGUAUUCAAAAAUAUAACAUAAAUAUAGACAAAUUAUAUACAAAGGGCAUAAAUACAGAAAAAACAAAUAAAUUAGAAAAUAUAAAUCCAAUACAAAAUAAUACUUUUAAUAUGGAUAAUAUAAAUUAUUUUAAUGAAAAUAAAAUUUCAAAUAAUUUAGAAAUUAUGUCUUUUCAACCAUCAUAUAUAUCUGGAAUAUAUAACACAUUUGUUAAUAAUCCUAUAGACAAUAAUGGCUUUCCUAAUUUAAUAGAUGGUUCUUAUUUAUUUAAUCAAAAUUAUGAAAUAUUAGGGGUAGAUUAUUAUCAAAAUUAUAAGGAUUCUAAAAAUAGUUAUAUUAAUGAUUUUUCUCGUAUUGGUGAUAAAAAAUAUUUAAAUAAUAUUGACCCAUACAAUUUGAAUAAUUUACAAACAAAUGAAAAUUAUAAUAACAUAUAUUUUUAUAAUCAAAAUAAUUGUCUUUUAAACAAUUCUGGAAUAAAUAGUAUACAUGAAGAUAACAAAAUGCAUAAUGUAUGUAUAGAUAAAAAUGGAAAUUACACAAAUUUGAAAUAUUUUGAUGAGAAUUAUUACAAUAUUCAAACUUGUUCAAAUGAUGGAAAUAAUAUUUAUUGUAACGGAGCAUUUAGCACCGACGUUCAUAAUAAUGGUAAUCCUGAACAAAUAAUAGAAAAUCAACAAAAUGAAUGCAAUUAUAAUAUAACAAAUUAUAACUCAAUAAAUAAUUUUGAAAAAAAUCCUUAUAAUAUUUAUAAUUGUUCAAAUAAUACUUUUUCAUUUCAAAAAAAUUCAAAUGAAAAUAUUUCAGAAAAUAUACCAAUAAGUUCAAAUUUUAUAAAUGAUAUAAAUUUAAAAAAUAAAAAUAUAUUAAACACAAAUCAGUUUGGUAUAUAUUCAUCCUAUUAUGCUAAUAAUCUAGAUCAACAGUAUACUCUUAGCAACUUAACAAAUCCUUAUAUGUUUUCAAAUAUAGAUAAUAUUUCUAGUGGUAUAAAUUACAAUAUAAAUAAUGGUGAUCAUAUUAUUCAAAACAAUGAUAUAGAUAAUUAUGGAAAUGAAAAAAGAAAUUCUCAAACAGAUUUAGUGACAAAUAAUAUAAGUACAAAAAAUGAGGGUUUACAAAAUAAUGUCGAAAUAAAUGAGGAUAGUAAUAUAGAAACUGAGGAAGAAAAAUAUAAAUGCGAUUCUAAAAAAGAAAUUUUCUUAGAACAUAAUAAUAAAUAUUACGAUCAAAACGGGAAUAGAAUAGAUACCGAAACGAAAAAUAAAAAUGGCAGUAAUAAUAGUGGUAAUAAAAAUGGUGGUAAUAAAAAUGGUGGUAAUAAAAAUAGUGGUAGUGGUAGUGGCAGUGGUAAUGUUGUACAUAAUUAUUCUGGUCUUAAUGGCACAAAUGAUUGGAAUCAAACGGUGAGCCAAGAACAAAAUUGCAGAAAAUAUUUCGAAGAAAAAUAUGAAGAAAAAUGCGAAAAUAAAAAUGACGAAAAUAGGGAUUCCAAUGAAGGGGAAGCAAACCAAAAAAUUGUUAAUAAUAAUGAAAAUAUAAAUAUAUAUAAUAAUUAUAAAUAUUUUGAAAAUAAUUAUAAUAUAAUAAAUGCUGUAGAUAAAGAUGUAGGAGAUAAUCUCAUGAGGGUUUAUAAUAAUAUAUCUAAUAUAGCUAAUAAAAAAAAUAAUAAUAUUAAUAAUAAUAAUAAUAGCAAUAAUAAUGGCAAUAAUAAUGGCAAUAAUAAUAAUAUAAGUAAUAAUAUAAGUAAUAAUAUAAGUAAUAAUAUAAGUAAUAAUAUAAAUAAUAAUAUAAAUAAUAUUAAUAAUAAUAUUAAUAUUAAUAAUAUUAAUAGUAAUAAAAAUAAUAAAAAUAAUAUAAAUAAUAUAAAUAAUAAUAAUAAUAAUAAUAAUAAUAAAAAUAUAUUUAUAUGUGACAUGACUAAGAAUGAAAUAAAAAAUUCUGAACAAAUUAAUAAAUAUGACGAAACAAAUAAUUUUAGCGCAAUUAGAAAGAUUGGAGACCUGGAUAAUAAUUUUAAUAAUGCUCACGAAAUUCUAAAUAAUUCUGUUGAUAAAAAUAAAAUUAAUUUAGGCAUAGUUCCUAUUGAAGAAAAUUUUUUUAAUAAUAAUAAUAAUAAUGAAAAUAAUAUAAAUAUGAACAAAUAUACUGAUAAUGAUCAUAUCAUCUUAAAUACCCAAUCUUAUAAUAAUAACAGUAUUAAUAACAACAUUAAUAAUAGCAAUAUUAGUACUGGUAUUAAUAAUAAUAGUAUUAGUGCUGGUAUUAAUAAUAACAGUAUUAGUGCUGGUAUUAGUGCUGGUAUUAAUAAUAAUUUAAAUAUAAAUGAAAAUUCUACUCCAACAAUUAGUCAUAUAAAUAAUUCUGGAGAGGUUAUUUUAAAUAAAACCAAUAACCUUUCUAUUGAUAAUUGUUUUUUUAAUAGUAGAUCGAAUAUUUAUUCACCUAUUGGUGGGUCAACCCAAGAUAUCAUAGAUAAUAUGAACAAUGUCAAGGGUAUAAAUAGUGGCAAGACUGUUAAUAGCAAUAGCUAUUUUGAUAUUUCUGGGUUUAAAUUAAAUGGAUAUUCUGUAAGUAAUUAUGAACAUAAAUAUAGUAAUAAUGAAUAUUAUCUAAAUACAACACCAAGUAGAGGAGAAAUUCUAAACAAUGGAAAAGGUAAUAGUAGUAUUGGAAAAAUUGGUAAUUUUUCUAAUACCCCCAAUUUAAAUAAAAUUAAAACUAACAUAAAUAGUAUAUUAAAUAUAAAUAUACUAAAUAGCCAUAACAGAAAUAGCGUAUCCCAGAAUACAACUAACAGUCUUAAUAACGGCCUUAGCAACAGCCUUAACAACAGUCUUAACAACAGUCUUAAUAAUAAUAAUAAUAAUUUCAGUCAAAAUAAUAGUUACGAUAAUAUAGAUAAUGAAAAUUUUAAAGGGGAAAUAAAAAAUAACAAAAUGAAUUUAUACUACAAUAAUGAAAAUACAUAUAAUAUGAUGGAUGAUGAAAAUAUGAUGAAUAUAAAUCAAAUGAGUCCUUUUUUUUGUAUGAACUAUGUAAAUAGUCAAAAUGAUUAUAAUAAUGAUGAAGUUAAUAAUUUUAGAGGAAUUAUUCCAAACAAUGAUGAUACAAAUGAUAAUCAAAAUGACGAAGGAAAUUAUAUAGAGCCAAAAACUCCUAAAAAAAAAGGGAGAAAAAGUAAAAAAGAAAUAAAUUAUAAUGAUAAUAAUGCCCUUAUUUUGGAUAAUGGAAAUAAAAAUAAUAAUAGUAAUAAUACUAUAGCUAAUAUAGGCAGUUUAGAGAGUUAUGACGAAAUGGUAAACAAAUAUAAUAAUACCCAAAUAAUGAAUAAAAUAAUAAAUAACUACCAAAAUGUAAAUAGAUAUGAAAAUAAUAAAUUGUAUGAAAAUGGUAAUGUACCCAUAUAUAAUGGAAAUCUAAGUGGGAAUGGAUUUGAAAAUCCUUAUGACACUUUUAAUAUGAAUGAAUUUAUGCAUCCCUCGAUUCAUAAUAAUCCAAAUGUAGAUAUGAAAAAUAUAGGGAAUUUAGAAAUAAGAAAUAAUAUAAAUAUAUAUAAUUAUAAUGAAAAUAAAAAAGAUAGUAUAGAUAUGCAAAAUGAAAUAAAUAAUAUGCAAUACAAUAGCAAUAAUAUGCUUGGUCAUUUUAAUUAUUAUAGAAAUACAAUUGGUACUAAUAUUGGAGAAAUAAACAAUAUUGGUAAUAAUAACAUGACAAAUAAUUAUAAUGUUUAUCCAAAUGAAUUAAUUUAUACAAAAGUAGAAAAUAUGAAUAAUAUAAUAAAUAAUAACACUAUUUAUAAUUAUAAUAAUAUUAAUAAUCGAGAUGAUCUAAAUUCUACAUUUGAUGAAGAUAAAUUAUGUAAAAAAAAAGAAAAAAAAAAAAAAGAAAAAAAAAAUACAAGUAUAAAUAAAUCUCAAUCAUGCAACAUAAGCUCAAAGAAAAAACGCUUUGGUCAUACUGGUCCUCCAACAGCAGAAAGAUUAACUCAAUUGCUUUAUGAGGAAAGUUUAUCGGUUCCACAAAUAGCUGCCUUAUAUGGAGUUCAUAGAACUACUGUUGCAAGAUGGUGUCAUAAUAGAAAAAUUAUUCAAAAACAAACUAAUUAUCAUGGAAAGAAAAAAAUAACCACAUAA